GAUGUCGGGCCGUGGGAAGCAGGGCGGCAAGGCCCGGGCUAAGGCCAAGUCGCGUUCAUCCCGCGCCGGUCUCCAGUUCCCCGUGGGCCGCGUUCACCGGCUGCUGCGUAAAGGUAACUACGCCGAGCGGGUGGGCGCCGGCGCUCCCGUCUACCUGGCCGCCGUUAUGGAGUAUUUGACGGCGGAGAUCCUGGAGCUGGCGGGGAACGCUGCCCGCGAUAACAAGAAGACACGGAUCAUCCCCCGUCACCUCCAGCUGGCGGUGCGUAACGACGAGGAGCUCAACAAGCUGCUGGGUGGCGUCACAAUCGCGCAGGGCGGUGUCUUGCCCAACAUCCAGGCAGUGCUGCUGCCCAAGAAGAGCGAGAGCCACAAGGCCAAGGGCAAGUGAGGCGGUUGGGAGCUGCUUCGAGAAGUUUUAAGUUUGUUUUUUUUUUUAAAUUCUUUUUUAACCCAAAGGCUCUUUUCAGAGCCACCUACUGCUUCAGGAAAAGGGCUGGAGGAGCAAGGUGGGGAGGGCCUGGUGCUAAUGAGUAUUGAUGAGUUAAUUGUUAGGUCUUAAUCCUUCCACAACAGGAAUGGCUGGGGGUAAAGCAUCAUCACCCCAAAACUCAUUACAGCCCCCAAAGAAGCACUAAAAUAAAAAAAACCCCAAACAAUAAUUUAUCAGGACUCAACACCCUGAGCAAGCACAAUUUGCAAAAUAAACAAAGCCACCUUUAUUAGUAAGACUUAACUUGCCUCCUGCUAUUUCCAUAGGAGGUGAGGAAUGAUUGAAGCUACCUGUGCUUAGUGAUAGAAGAAUGGUCCACAAAUAUCUCAAAAUAGGCUU